AAUAAAGUAAGAAUUAUUGUUUUACUUAGUACUAAUGCUACAGGAACACAUCAGCUUAAACCAUGGGUAAUUGGUAAAUCCUUACGACUACGGUAUUUUAAAUGUAUUAACUUGAAUUCUCUUCCUAUUGAAUAUCGUGCAAAUGAAAAAGCAUGGAUGCAUAAUAAAGCUAGUUCUGCUUCUGAAAAUGAAUAUAUUGAAUUAAGUAAUAGUAUUAGCUCAUCUUCUAAGGCAUCUAGCAAAAAACGUAUAUCAAAUAAUAAACAAAACAAGUGCAAAAAACAAAAUCAGCAAA